UUUGCUCAGUAUUGUGUCUGGCAAAAGGCUUCCUGACUAAGUGCUGGAGUUAUGUGUGAAAGAAAGUCAGGGACUGACUAGUUUACAUCUGUUCAUCUGACCUGGCUUGGAGCGACAAAACUGGGAAACGCUGUCAACUGUGCUUUGAAACAGGACAAACCACCUCGCUCCAGGCACCUAUGGGAAACUUUGGCUGCUUCAAGAAACCUUGUGGAAUGAAGGACUGAGCAAAAUGGAAUCUUUUUUUCUCUAGAGGGAAAAAAGGGGCAACAGAUUAAAUCCAGACUUGAGCCACCCUGAAUGGACUCCGUGGGUGACGUCGCCAAGGCACUUGCCGACGAUCGGAGUUGUGGUUUGUGUCCUGAAAGGUCUCCCAGGUCUGACUGGAAGCAAGUCACCUCCUAGGAGCAGGUACUUCAGAGGGGGCCGACCAGUGAGGUCAGCAGACCCGGAGACAGGCAGCCUAUUAUCUGCUGGGCUUGGGGAGGCUUGACUGGGGAUAAGGAAAGAUGAGUUGAGGGAGAUGUAACGUGAUCUGCCGCACCUGAGGGUCGUCAGCAAUAUGCCAUUAAGGAAGAGGUGCCGGUACGGAUCUCGCCAGCUGCAGUUCCUUUUACUGUUCCUGAUGCUGGGAUGCUUCCUGAUGAUGGUGGUGAUGCUGAAUCCACCAUCCCAGGACCCCCAGAGGGCCAGGAUUUCCCGCCCUGAGCAACUUCUCCCUGAAGACAGGUACCAGCUGGACUUUGGGGAGUCCCAGGAAUGGGUGCUGGAGACCCAGGAGGAGAGCCAGCAGUACUACCCCCUGGAGGGGCUGGCCCCUUUCCUCUCCUUGCGGGAGGAUGAGCUUCUGGUCGCCAACCCCACAGCCCGGAGGAACCUGAGCAGGGGGAGGCGAGGCGGGGGCUACCGGCUGGUGAAACAGCAAGGCAGGAGGCCGGGGGAGUUUGCUGAGGUCAGGCCGGGGGCCGGAUGGCGGGGGAUGUUUGUAGCUUUCCCCCGCCCGGAUGGACGUGACCCAGGCGGGGAUGAGCCCCUAGGGGAGCUUGGGUUAGAGACUCACGGCUUCAACGAGGCACUGAGUGAGCGGAUCUCUCUGCACAGGGAGCUGCCUGAGGUGCGGCAUCCUCUGUGUCGGCAGCAGCAUUACGGAGACAACCUGCCCUCAGCCAGCAUCAUCAUCUGCUUCCAUAAUGAGGCAUGGUCCACUCUCCUCAGAACAGUGCACAGCAUCCUGGACACCGUCCCCAGGCCCCACCUUAAGGAGAUCAUCUUAGUUGAUGACCUCAGCCAGCAAGAUCACCUCAAGUCUGCACUUAGUGACUAUGUUUCCAAGCUGGAUGGGGUGAAACUUCUCAGGAGCAAUAAGAGACUGGGGGUCAUCAGGGGGCGGAUGCUUGGAGCUGCUCGGGCGACAGGGGAUGUGCUGGUCUUCAUGGACUCCCACUGCGAAUGCCACCGGGGCUGGCUAGAACCCCUGUUGAGCAGAAUAGCCAGCAACAGAAAUCGAGUUGUCACUCCUAUCCUAGAUGUGAUUGAUUGGAAGACUUUCCAGUAUUUUCACUCAGAGGAUCUGCAACAAGGGGUGUUUGACUGGAAACUAGAUUUCCACUGGGAACUGUUACCGGAACAAAAAAGGAAGGUACGCCAGUCUCCCAUCAGCCCAAUCAGAAGUCCUGUGGUACCUGGAGGAGUGAUGGCAAUGGACAGACAUUAUUUCCAAAACACUGGCGCGUACGACUCUCUCAUGACCCUGUGGGGAGGUGAAAACCUGGAGCUGUCUAUACGGGUCUGGCUCUGUGGUGGUUCUGUAGAAGUUCUUCCCUGUUCUCGUGUGGGACACGUCUACCGAAACCAGGCCUCAGACACCUUACCUAACCAAGAGGCCAUCCUUAGGAACAAGAUCCGGAUUGCGGAAACCUGGCUUGGUUCCUUUAAAGAAAUCUUUUAUCAGCACAGUCCUGAGGCUUUCUCACUGCGCAAGGUGGAGAAACCUGAUUGCAGUGAACGUCUUCAGCUACAAAGGAGACUGGGGUGCAGGACUUUCCACUGGUUUCUAUCCAACAUAUACCCUGAGCUCUACCCAUCUGAACGCAGACCAGGAUUCUCUGGAAAGCUCUUCAGCACUAGAGUUGGAUUCUGUGUGGAUGGCGGAUCCAAAGGGAAAAUUCCAGGCUCUUCCAUAACGCUGCUUCCCUGUAGUGACAGUCAGCAUCAGCACCUGGAGUACACCAGCAGGAAGGAAAUCCGCUCCGGAACCAAGCUGCAGCUUUGCUUUGAUGUUAGAGAAGAGCAGCUCAUUCUUCAGAAUUGUUUGGAAGAAGCACACACCAUUCACCAGCAGCUCUGGGAUGUCCAGGAGAAUGGGUGGAUUGUUCACAUCCUUUCUGGGAAAUGCAUAGAAGCCGGGGAGAGUGAACAAGAGGACUUGUACCUACGGUUAUGCGACCAGAAAGCCAAUCAGUUGUGGAGGUUUGAACAUAUCAAUGAGGUGGACGUAAGAUGAUUGUCCUGAGGAUCAAUCUGAAAGCGGAGUCUCGUCUUCAGCCCCAGAGAGUGAAAAAUGACAAAACCUUGCAUGGGAAAAGAGGCCUUAUUUCUGUUCUUUGUGACAGUAACAGAAAGCUCCUAGGAUGAUGCAUCAUUUCAGAAAUGCAGCUGGUCUCUUGUUCUUCUGAAGUAUUCACUGCUCUUCUAGUCUGAAGGCCAAUAAUGUUCCUCUCAACUAUAAAAGACUAGGGCUCUGAAUGUGCACAGUAACAUUUAGCUCUUCAGCUAUGACCCUGCAGAACUGAGUCCUUCAUGAAAGUCAGAUUCAUAAUAUAUUCUGAGAAAUGGGCCUAAAUACCUUCUGCCUUGGUAUCCAAGUGGCCUGUUUGCUUUAUUCCAAUACCGCUUUGGCCUUCUCCCUAGUGAUUGCCUGCAGGGCCUUAGGGGAAGGGCAGAGAAAGAGCAAGCACAUGCAAGAGGAGAGUUGGACUAUGUCCAGCAGUGGGAAGGCAGCAGUCAACCGUAGCCCAAUCUCCUUAAAAUCUAGGUUUGCGAGCCACCAGAAGAGGUUGUCAGAGGUUUAGAGGCUGGGGAGAAAGAGGGCUGGUUGAGAGGGCAAGAACUGGAGUUGGGAGAAUAAGGUCCUAGGGUCCCUGGAGGCAGCCAAGAUGCAGGCAGAGCAGCCUUCUGAAUAGUCAGAGUAGAAGAGUCAGGUAAGUCUUCUCCAUAUUAGUGAUUUUUGCCUCCAGUGAUGUGUCUUCCUAUUGCCCCUCUCUCUGAUCCGUUCCUCUUCCAAAUCCUCUCAUCCCUUCUUCUCCUUUCCCCACCUUUCAUUCUUUUCCCUAUCUUUCAUAUUUCUUUCUCAUUUCUCUUUUGUUUUUCUGUCUCUUUUGUGCUCUUUCUUCUCUUCCUCUCUCUCUCAUUUUUGCUCAUAGAGAGGAUUGAAUCUAGCAGUUGAAACUGGCCAUGUUUAGUGGUGGAAGCAGGUUUCUUUUAUAGGUGAAUUGUUCUAUUGGCCUGUUUUAGUGUGUGUAUCAUGUAGGGAACCCCCUGGUAGGGCAGUUUGGUUGCGCUGGAAAGAAAAUCCCAUAGGAUGUGAAUGAGCCAGGCUGACCCUCUGGUUUGGCUAAGGCCUCAACAUUCUCCUAGGUGAGUAUCCUCUCAAGAAGAGUCAAAAGAUGUAGGAUGUUUGGGAUGAGUCUAUUCAGAAGGGCUUGUUUGUAUGCAAGAAAUAGCUAACAACAAAUAUCAUACUUGUAUUACCUCUUCUGCUUCACAGCUUUCAGUUACAAUUUGGAUCCCUGAUACUUUGCCACUCAAGGAAAACAAUUUCCUUGUUUCUUGCUUUGGGUUUGUUAGUUUCCAAGCAAAUACUCAGCAAAAGUUGAAUACUCUGGCAAGCCUGUUAAGCUUAAGGAUGGGUAGUAAACAGAGAAUUUAGAAGCUCUUAGGGGUUAAGAAAGAAGCUCUAUUUUUUGAAAAUAAUUUUAUUGUCAGAACCUUGUGUUUGUAUCAUAAAUCAUUGGUAUAAAGUAAUAUAAUAAAAUACAAUAAUAAAUUUCAUGAAA